AUGGGCAACUCCACCUUAUCUGGCUUAGAGGCAGCAGCUGCAGGUGUGGAUGCAGUUAACCCUUUAGGGAGCUCCAAUGGCAGCUUGUCCGCGACCAGUGCCUGGGGCAUCAGUGGCAGCGGUCCGUGGCUGUUGGCGUGCAUGUUAACCCUCAUCAUCCUGAUGACGGCUUGUGGCAACACUCUGCUGAUAGCUCUGGUGUUUGCCCAGCGCUCCUUACGCAACACCUCCAACUGUUUCCUGGUGUCUCUCUUCCUGUCGGACCUGAUGGUGGCUCUGGUUGUGAUGCCACCGGCAAUGCUCAAUGUGCUGUAUGGGGCCUGGGUGUUGUGGCCGGGCUUCUGCCCCGUGUGGCUCUGCUUUGACGUCAUGUGCUGCAGUGCCUCCAUUCUCAACCUAUGUGUGAUCAGCCUGGACCGCUACCUCCUCAUCAUCUCGCCACUGCGCUACAAGCAGAGGAUGACCCCUCCCCGGGCCCUGCUUCUGGUGGGAGGGGCCUGGGGUCUGGCCGCCCUCACCUCCUUCUUGCCCAUCAAGAUGAACUGGCACAGCUUGGAGCUGAGCUUGUGGUACCCCGCCUCCUACUUCCAGCUGUCGCCCUUCGGUGGUCUGUCCUUCCAGUGUUGUCUGCAGGUUACCCUGCCUUUUGCCCUGGUGGCGUCCGUCCUCACCUUCUUCCUGCCAUCCAGUGCCAUCUGCUUCACCUACUGUCAGAUUCUCCUGGCGGCGCGAAGACAGGCGAGGCGGGUGGCGGCGCUAAGUCAUCCUCCGUACCCGCAACGUUCGCCUGGGGAGCCUUCUCACCCUCCGUCACCAGGUGGGGGCGCCGCCAGACAUGUUCACCUCGAAGGAGAUGACUACAGUCAUCAGGAGCGCCAUGUGUCACGCCACGUGCCGCCCUGUCUUUCCCUCUGUCCUCAGUUGUCGGUGAACAGGGAGCGGCGGCUGGCCCACCGGCAGGGACGGAGGGCAGUGAAGGCCAGUCUGACCCUGGGAGUCCUGCUAGGCCUCUUCUUCAGCGCCUGGCUGCCCUUCUUCAUCACCAACAUGGCCCAGGCGGUAUGCGAGUGUGUUCCCCCGGCACUCUUUGACGCCAUCACCUGGCUGGGCUACUGUAACAGCACCAUGAACCCCAUCAUCUACCCGCUGUUUAUGCGCGACUUCAAACGGGCCUUGGGGCGGCUGCUGCCGUGCUGCUCCACCCGCUCACCCUGCAGACCCUCACCGGUGCUCUCCCUCUCCCUCCGCAACUCUGGCGAGCCCAACAUGCCCACGGAGCACCCAUCCCUGGCCUCCGACCCCCCACAGCCCCCCGCCACCGCCACAGACGCCGUCAACCUGUUUGACGCCGACCACGCUGGGAUUGAGCUGCCCUUGCUGUUGCCCAAUCAGGUGGCCACGCUGGACUGA